UUUCCCGGCCCUAGCUCCCUAUAUAAACAGGGUGGUACAGGUGCAGUGCUAACACAUGUUCCUGUACCGUUCAUAGUUGACGUUUAACAGGACCGACCAACGAGGGAAUUCUAUUGUUUUUCCUUCCUAAACCAGAAGCUACUGAAACUCAUCUCUUCAUUAUGCGCGAAUGUAUCUCACUUCACUUGGGUCAGGCCGGAGUCCAGAUGGGCAAUGCCUGCUGGGAGCUGUACUGCCUGGAACACGGCAUCCAGCCUGAUGGUCAGAUGCCCAGUGACAAGACAGUUGGUGCUUGUACAGACGCCUUCAACACUUUCUUCAGUGAGACGAGUGGUGGUCAGCAUAACCCGAGGGCCAUCAUGGUGGAUCUUGAACCCACUGUCAUAGAUGAAGUCCGCACUGGAACCUACCGUCAGCUCUUCCACCCUGAGCAGCUGAUCACAGGCAAGGAAGGUGCUGCCAACAACUAUGCCAGGGGCCACUACAGCGUGGGCAAGGAGCUGAUAGAUCAGGUUCUGGACAGAAUAAGGAAACUAGCUGAUCACUGUACUGGUCUUCAGGGAUUUCUGCUCUUCCACAGCUUCGGUGGAGGCACCGGCUCCGGCUUUACAUCUCUGUUGAUGGAGCGUCUCUCAAUGGACUACGGAAAGAAACCCAAGUUGGAAUUCGCUAUCUACCCCUCGCCGAAUCUGUCCUCCGCGGUCGUGGAGCCUUACAACUCCAUCCUGACCACCCACACCACCCUGGAGCACUCCGACUGCUCCUUCAUGGUCGACAACGAGGCCAUCUACGACAUCUGCAUGAGAAAAAUGGACGUCGACCAGCCAACGUUUACCAAUAUAAAUCGUCUGAUUGCUCAGGUUGUGUCUUCAAUCACAGCAUCCCUGAGAUUUGAUGGUUCUCUUAAUGUCGACCUGACUGAGUUUCAGACCAACUUAGUGCCCUACCCACGCAUCCACUUUCCCCUCGUUACCUAUGCUCCAAUUAUUUCUGCUGAGAAGGCCUACCAUGAGCAGAUAACUGUUGCAGACAUCACCAGUUCUUGUUUCGAGCCGGCCAACCAGAUGGUGAAGUGCGAUCCGCGUCACGGCAAGUACAUGGCCUGCUGUCUGCUAUACCGUGGUGAUGUCGUCCCUAAAGAUGUCAACGCCGCCAUCGCAACCAUCAAGACAAAAAGGUCAAUCCAGUUUGUCGACUGGUGUCCAACUGGCUUUAAGGUGGGCAUCAACAACCAGCCGCCCACCGUCGUGCCAGGCGGUGAUCUGGCCAAGGUACAACGUGCCGUCUGCAUGCUGAGCAACACCACGGCCAUCGCCGAGGCCUGGGCUCGUCUGGAUCACAAGUUUGAUCUGAUGUACGCCAAGCGUGCCUUUGUCCACUGGUACGUGGGAGAGGGUAUGGAGGAGGGUGAGUUCUCUGAGGCUCGUGAGGAUCUGGCUGCCUUGGAGAAGGAUUACGAGGAGGUUGGAGUGGACUCAACUGACGCAGACGAAGAAGAGGAAGAAGAAUACUAAAAUAACCGAUAUUUCUUAAAAACGUUGGCAUAAGAUAAAUGUUUCUGUUGAAACGAGUACAUGCGUCAUCAAAAUGUUAAUGCUCAUCUGUGACGUAUUGCCUUGAAUGAGUUUUACUCACUAUAUCAACUAUCACAAAUGUCAAAAAUGAUUUUUUUUUUCUUUUUCCCUACAUUGUUACAUUUCUUUAAGUCCGAAUGGGUGUUUGGUCGACGGUUUUCCAUAUUUCUGUUUAAAUGCAAAGUUUAUUUCAUUGCACGCAUUUUGUGCUAAAUUCAAUUAAUGAUUGACUUGUUACGAAUAAAAUGAUGUACAAACGGUU